AUGGCACCCCAGGAAAAGUCGUUCGGUGUUGAUUUAUCCGACGAGGUUGUCCGCGGCUCAAUCGUCACACUCAAUGGAGAAAUACUCCCUCCGGCACCACGACCAGCUCCGCCACCCACGCCGAAAGUAGAAGCAGCAGCUCCAGCAAAGGAACAAACGGAACUGGCACUGACGCCUUGGCAAAAGGCAACACGUGAUGUGGCGACUGUCACCGCUGGCAUGGGAACUACUCUGGCAUUAGGAAAAGCAACUGGCCCUAUCUUUAUGGGCAACAUGCUGACUUUCGGGCUUGCUGGCCUUGUUGGCUACCGUGCCGUGUGGGGAGUCGCGCCUGCCCUUCAUUCUCCGCUCAUGAGUGUCACAAACGCAAUUUCGGGUAUGGUUGGUAUUGGUGGCUUCUUCAUCAUGGGCGGAGGUUAUCUGCCUAGCACAAUCCCAGAGUUCCUUGGAGCCGUCUCGGUGCUUUUAGCAUUUGUCAAUGUAUCUGGAGGAUUUGUGGUGACAAAGCGCAUGCUAGACAUGUUUAAGCGUUGGUGCUUCUGCUUCCAGAGCAAAAUGCUAGCUGCUUAUAAUUUAUAG